AUGUGGGUCAAUCNAGAAGAAAAAAACAAAGCUUUACGUCACGGCGGAGGAGACAAGACGGCGAUUUCGCGGCGGUUGGUUGAGGAGCCGAUGUGGAGGACUUAUUGUAACGGGAAAAAGUGUGGAUUCGCGACGAGGAGAGAGUGUGGCGAGAAGGAGAAAAAGGUUUUGAAAGCGCUUGAGAUGGUUUCUAUGGGCGCCGGAGUUUUACCGGAGACGGAGGAGACAGGCGGCGACGGUGGAGGAGAUGUGAUGUAUAUGAGAGCGAAGUUUGAGAGAAUCGUUGGAUCGCGUGACUCCGAAGCUUUCUAUAUGAUGAAUCCUGAUAGUAAUGGAGCUCCUGAGCUUAGUAUCUAUCUACUCAGAAUCUGA